UUUUUGCAGGCGUACGUGUCUUCGACGAUCGUUGGUGUUUAAUUGUUCAUGUUGUGGCCAUCGUGUAUGGAUCAGAAAGGAUCUAUUUUACCUUCGAUUCGGGAAGGAGAUGAUUUUUGACUUUGUGAUAUGGAACCCAUCCACCAUGGAAAUCAAAUCCUUACCCGCACUUGAGGUUUCCUUCCAACAUUCUGACAAUCAACUACACGUACUACCUGUAAUGUUCGCAGUGAAUGAUGGAAUUGGUUUUGGGCUUUGUAAGAACAUGAUAUGGAAGAUUGUUGGUCUCUGGAGCUUUAACAUUUGAAUGGUAAUGUCUACCACAAAAUCAUAAUGGUUGGUAGUCAAGUUGGUGAUUCAUGGUGUUGGAGGAAAAUUGAUGCAACAAAUCUUACUUCUAAAUAUUUGAAUAUCAUUGAAGAUUUUUAUUUAAAAGCAAAGAUACUAUUGGCGGGUUAUGGAACUUUCCCCAACUUUGUCUACUUAUGAUUGUGAGCAUCUUCUUUGGUUUGACAUGGAUGAUGAGGUUUUUGGGACGGUCGAGCUGCCAUCUCAUAUUGGAUGUGGUUUUUUUACAACUAUGGAUAAAACCAUUGCUUUGUUCAGUUAUCCAAUUAUGCGAACAAUUAUCAGAUCUAGAUUUGGUUGAUGCUUGAAGAUGAAUAUCACCAUAUUAAUUGGUAUAAACACACAUCCAUAGACUCUCAUCAUUAUCCAGAUGAAAGACCAAUAAGAACCUGGAAUUAGGCCUG